AUGGGUGUGUCGUUAUUGGAUAACCUACAAUCCGACAUCGAUAUAUUCAAUAAGUCAGCUAAUGAUAGUCUCCACAAUUUAUGGAAUGAAUCAAAUUCAUUCUUAAACGAAUUGAAAGGGUUUGAACAAUCAAUCAUCGAUAAUGACGACUUUGAAGUGACGAAGCUUGAAAAGUUAGGUGAUAAAUGGUAUAAGAAUUCAAUCAAUGAACUUAAGUUAUACAACACCGCCACCAAUAAGUUUCUGAAAGCUAUUAAUAACCCCAAGGAUACUAUUGAUUUAGAUGAAGCUUACACAUAUCCAUUAAAUUUGAAUAAUUUCCCUGUAACACCAACAUCCAAAGACAGUACUAAUCAUGACUUUAAUUUGAAAUCUAUUAAAUUGGAAAACAGAGAAGAAUUGAUAAAAGCUAUCAUUAUUCAUUUACUUAAGGUUGGUCAAUGUGAUAUUGUUAAGGAUAUUGUUAAGGAGUUACCUCCUAAUUCAAAAGUUGAUAUUGAUGAAUCCUUACUUGAAAAGUUUGAGUUAUUAAACAAGAUCGUUGAUGAUAUUGUGGUUAGACAUGAUUUACAAAGAGUAUUACAAUGGUUUAAAGAUAAGUAUAAGGAGGAUGCUAUCCCUGGUAUUCUUAAUACACCAAUUAUAGCUCCAUCUAAUAUUGAAUUCAAGUUUCAUAUGUUACAAUUUGUAUUGCUUUUAAAUACCACCAAUGCUUUAGAUGCAUAUUUAUAUUCGAAAGAUAAUUUUUCAAAAUUCAUUAAGGAAUACCUCUAUGGGAUUUCACCAUUGAUGACAUUGUUAUUAAUCAAUGUCAAUCCAAACCCUGAAAAGUACGUCAAUGACAAAAUGUUAGGAGAAUUAGUUUCAAAGUUAAGACAUAGUUUUAAUUCAGAAAGAGAACGUAAAAAGACUAAUCAAGAAGAAUUUAAAUUUGUAUCUGAAUUAUUGGAUAAUUUCCAAACCAUUCAUCAAAACCAAGCCAUGUUUGUCAAUAUAGCCAACGAAUUCAUAUCUGAAUAUUGUAAAGAUUUGAAAUUAUCGAAUGAUUCAUCUUUAUUCCAAAGUAUUUUAGCAGGUCAUAUCUAUUUACCCAGUUUCUAUAAGUAUAAUCAAAUUCAAUCCAAAUUACCUACUACUAUCAUCAAUGAUGGAGAUGAUAAGAAAAAUGAAGUACAAUUGGUUAACUUUGAAGCAACUUAUCACUUUGACUUACCAUUUCAAUUACCAGAUUCAAAUAGAUUUAUAUUCAAUUAUCAUCCUAUCUUUAUAUGUCCAAUAUCAAGAGAACAAUCGAUUCCAAUAACUGAAAUAUCAGAAAACCAAGAUGAAGAACAUAAGAAUAAGAAGAAAAAGAGAUCAUAUCUCGACUCCAACAAUUCCAGUAACAAUAGCUCUGGAGCUAUUGCCAAUCCAGUGGUUGUUCUCAGUCAAUGUCAACAUCUUGCUCUUAGAGAAAGUGUAUGGCAUUUAUCUAAGAAGGGAACAGAGAUAUUCAAGUGCCAUUAUUGUUACAAGAAGCACAAGUUUUCCGAUGUUACAGAGGCGUAUUUCAUCGAUUUAUAG